GUAAGAAGUAUGAUAUCAUUUUCUUAUGUAAAGAAAACAGCUUCUUAAAUCGUCAUCCAUGUCGACAGCAUCCAGCUUACGACAUCUUCCUUACCUCAUCCCUUCUCUCUCCUCUCUUUGACUUUCUCUCUGCAACCCCUCUAAUGGCGAUUUCACACUUCUUCUAAUUUUCCCCCUCUGCUCCAUGUAAUAAUUUCCCCUCUUUUUCUCUGAGUCUUCGCCACCAUGAAUUCUACAUCUAUUCUCACAGAUUCAAAUGAUAACAGUGGCGGAAGUAUCAGUAUAGAACACGAAAACAUCACACCGGAAAUCACAGCUUUGAGAAGACUAUCAAUUAACCUGGAAUCAACAUUCCAGUCAUCAGAUUUUGAUUUCUGUUCUGAUGCUAAAAUUAUUUUGUCUGAUUCGCGUGAAAUCCAGAUUCACCGUGUGAUUUUGGCUUCUCGGAGUCCGUUUUUUAAAACUCUUUUUGGGAAGGAUAAAGAUGAAAAGAAAUUUGAGGUGAAGAAAUUGAUGAGUGUUGGUGUUGUUGAUGUUGGUUUUGAUUCGUUGAGUGUGGUGUUAUUUUAUUUGUAUAGUGGGAAAGUGAAGCCGUUGCCUAGAGAAGCUUCUGCUUGUGUUGAUGAAGAAUGUCAACAUAUUGGGUGUAGACCUGUUGUUGAUCUAAUGAUUCAAGUUCUUUAUGCUUCUCAUGUCUUUCAGAUUCCUGAAUUGGUUAGUCUUUUUCAGCGCCGCCUGCUAGAUAUCCUUGGCAACGUAAUAGUGGAUGACAUAAUGGUGAUUUUGUCUGUUGCAAAUAUGUGUGACAAGAUUUGUGAGAAAUUAGUUGCAGCGUGCAUUGAUAUUAUUGUUAAGUCUGAUAUAGAUUCUGUUACUCUUGAGAAAGGAUUGCCCCCUGAUAUUUUUAAACAAGUAAUGGAUUCCCGUUUGGAGUUGGGCCCAGUUGAUACUGAAAUUGAUGAAAAAGCAGCUAGGCGUAUAAGGACAAUGCAUAAGGCAUUGGAUUGGGAUGAUGUUGAGUUAAUUGAAAAGUUACUUAAAGAAGGGAAUACAAAUCUGGAUGAAGCCAAUGCAUUACAUUAUGCUGUAGCAUACUCUGACGCACAAACUACGGAAGCGCUUCUUAAGAUGGGACUCGCUGAUGUCAAUCGUAGAAAUCAAAGAGGAUACACUGUUCUGCAUGUUGCUGCAAUGCGGAAAGAACCAGGUAUAAUAGCGUCCAUUGUAACAAAAGGGGCCCGACCAACUGAUCUUACACCAGAUGGAAGAAAAGCACUUCAAAUUGCAAAGAGGCUAACAAAGUGGGUUGAGUAUCAUAAAUUCACAGAUAGAGGGCAAAAAGCACCCAAGGAACGCUUAUGCAUAGAGAUUUUGGAGCAAGCAGAAACUAAUGAACCACUAGGUGGGGAAGCUUCCUUGUCUCUUGCUUUGGCAGGCGAUGAUCUACGUGAGAGAUGGGUAUACCUUGAAAACAGAGUUAAGCUGGCCAAACUUUUUUUUCCCGAGGAAGCACAAGUUGCCAUGGACAUUGCACAAGUGAAAGGAACUUUGGAGUUCCUAGCAGAUGCCAAUUGCAAGGAAUUACCUGGUGGCGAAAUAGUUCCUCUGAAUUUAAAUGAAGCACCUUUUUUUAUGGAAGAGUUGCAUCAUAAUAGGAUAGCAGCACUCUCAAGAAUGGUUGAUUUUGGGAAGCGAUACUUCCCUCGCUGUUCAAACGUACUUAACAAGAUCGUGGAUACAAAGGACUUGUUGGAUCUUGCAGAUCUUAAAAAUGGUUCGCAACAGGAGCAACAAUUGAAAAAGAAGAGGUUCUUAGAGAUCCAAGAUAGUUUGAAAGAUGCAUUCGAUAAAGACAAGGUGGAGUAUGAUCAGUGUAAAGCUAAUUCAGCAUCGUCCUCCUCGGCAUCCAAGGGACUUUCUCAACGUCUGGAUAAAUCAUCAAAAAAGAGGAAGAAAUGAUCGAAGAACUUAUUGGUAUGUUUAAUCAGUUUAUGGAAGAUCUUGUGAAAAACAUCAUGUGGAACAGGUUCUCUCCCUAUCUAAGAUACUGCGAGUUGUUCGGU